AUACAGCUUUGAAACUUUAUUACAUCGAAAAAAAUGCUGCUUUCCCUUUGCUUUUAGUAGUUUGUUUAACACAGUACUGUACUGUAUUUGCUUUUUUUAAUCUCUGCUGGUGUCUGUACUUCCGGUUCCCAAUGAGGUGUGAUGUUGACUAGUCAGUUCGUAACUCUGGUAUUCCUAACUCCAAGCUUCCAUUGUAAUAACUUGCAACUGGUCAUGCUCUGAUUCUUAUAUACAUAAACUGAUUGUGUAAUUAAGUAACCUGUAGUUAAGUGGAGAACACUGUAGGUAAUAAUCAGCAAUAUUCUCCAGGGGAAUCUUCUGACAAAUUAGUAUGUUACAUAAUGUUGUGAAUCCCUGCUGUUGCUUUCAGUUAUUCCCAUUCCAGUGUUGCCAUUGUUCUCCAGAUGUACCAUUUAAAGCUAACAAACUUUUGAUUAAUAUUAAAGAGAGAGUAUUUUUAAUUAUUUUAAGUUCUGUAAAGAGAUGUAAAAAAAGGCUUUUAUCACUUAAGUAUGGAGUAGUUUGUCACACAUGCACCCUUGCCUUAAGGUUUUCUCUUUUAGGAGAAUUCCCACAGUCUGAUUCUCAACUCCACAAUGCAACAGCAUGUAUAGUUAUACAUGUUAAAAUAAGUGAGGUAAUGAAAUAGUUUGUGAUCUGAAGAUUCAUUGCUUGUAGGGGUAUAGACAGCAUUUCCUCCCCUGCCCCUAAUGCACAGCAUUGCACAAUUGAUUGGGAGUGCAUUUAAGGGAUCUUGUUUUGAAGAAACCAGUUUUGGCCGUUGCUGGUGGUCAGAUACCACCAGAUCAGAUGGAGUCAGUGGUCUGAUCUUAUUCCCAUCUGGGGAAUGGUUGCUUUUUUCACAUUGACUUCAAAUGUAAUUGUACUGAGAGUGAAUCCUUAAUUCUGAUGUACAUGUCACAGUGGGAUUUCCCUCAGCCUUCUCCCAUCUGAUUAGCUUUAACAUCAGCGGGGCAGGGGAGGGAAAAUCUCUCAGCUGAACAAAUGCUAGUCAACUCUCAUAUUGCAAGUAAAGUUUUAAAACUGAAAAUAAAAAAUCCACCUUACCCUUGUAAUAUUAACCAACAUCACAUUUAAACCAUCUCAGUGCUGUGUUCUGCACCACAGAGAUCUGUACUUUAAUGCUUUAACAUAGAAUACUUUGUGAUUAGUUUCACUAUUAUUCAAUAUUCAGCUCUUGUUGCUUAUGGAGCUUUCUCAUAAUUGACAGAUUAGUGUUAUUUCCAGUUGAAAGGCUUUUGCAUAUGUGAUUUCUGCAGAACCAGUAAAAUCUUUAUGGCAAAAGGAAUAACUGAAAAUAUUAAUAAUCUCUAGAAAUCUGGUAUGGGUGUCAAUAUUCUUUCAUUAUAAUGAGUUUCAGGUAGAGGUAAUCUGGAGUUACCUAGCUAUAAGAAGUCACAAAAGUAAUUCUCUUUCUUUUACCUGCCUGUGAUAAAUCCUGUAAAACCUAGAGCUACGUUAUAAGAUUUUAUUUAAAACAAUUCAUGAUCUGUGUGAGGCUAUUCUUGCUGUAGGGGGGAAAAGUGGUCUUUGAAGGGUUUGAUGUUCUGUGAGGGAGCUUGACUCUAAAGAUGUCCUUGGAUGAAAGGCUAUAGACGUGCAAAAUAUCCUCUUCCAAUGGCCAUGACCCUGGAGUUCUGGGUCACCCUUCUGCCACUCAUGGUAUAAGCUGAAGAGAGUAAUGGUCUCUCUGUGAGGUGAGAAGGGAAUUCCUCACUCUCACUUUUUUUUUAGAGGAAGGUGUCCUUGAAGACUAAACUUGUCUCUGGAUGGGCAAUAAAGUAGUAUGUUAAGGAAUGUGUAGUGGACAUGGAGAAUUUGUUACUAGUUCAACACUAUUUGUAACUUUCAAUUUUAACAGGAUCCUGCAGUAAGCCCUUGUGGGGGUGGGGCCAAAGUUGGGCAUUCCCGUUGCCUUUCCCAGCAUUCUGGGUCAGACCAAGGUCUGGGAGGCCACUGCAUUUCUGAGAGAUGAGCCGUGUGCUGCAGUGUGCUAUAUUUACUGUGCUCAUGGGACUGUUGCUCACAAGAACCAUGGCCUGGACUUCAAGUGGGAAAACACAUGCUGAGCUACUCAACAAUCUUUACAAAAAUGGAGUGAUUAAAUCUCAACGGGUCUUGGAUGUGUUAAUGGCCACAGAUAGAGCCCACUACACCAAGUAUUUACCAUACAUGGAUUCUCCUCAGUCAAUAGGAUAUAAGGCUACAAUCAGUGCACCCCACAUGCAUGCCCAUGCUCUGGAGUUGCUGAAGGAUCAGCUAGUGGAAGGAGCAAAGGCCCUGGAUGUGGGAUCAGGAAGUGGUUACCUCACAGCUUGCUUUGCUAGAAUGGUGGGUCCCACAGGGAAGGCAGUAGGCAUAGAACAUAUUGAAGAGCUGGUUCAUGAAUCCAUUAGAAAUGUCAGAGAAGAUGACCCAACUCUGCUCACUUCUGGCCGUCUGAAACUUAUGGUUGGAGAUGGCAGGCAGGGAUACCCUGAAGAAGCACCUUAUGAUGCCAUCCAUGUUGGAGCAGCAGCAGACACUGUACCAAAGGAGUUGCUGAAAGAGUUGAAGCCAGGUGGCCGGUUGAUCUUGCCAGUUGGGCCUGAAGGUGCAAACCAGGUUCUGAUGCAGUAUGACAAAACCAGUGAUGGGCAAAUUGUGGAAACGCAACUGAUGGGCGUGAUCUAUGUUCCCCUGACAGAUAAGGAGAAGCAGUGGCCCCGGGAUGAAGUUUGACAGAAUAUCACUUACAAAAUGAUCUUGGAAAGCUCAUGAACCAGGCCCUGAAGAAGCAACUAUAGAUGUGUAUGGCUUUGCUUUAUAAAUCAAUUUUUUUUUUUAACUUGGACACAUCACAAAGGCAUUUUCUGCUUUUUAAAGAACUCAAUACGGAGGAGUGAGAGAAGAAUAUUCCUCCAGAUCAAUCAGCACCCAGUUCCUAAGCUGUGGAGAUCUUGUCUGAUUUCUUCCUGGACUGAGUAAAACCAGAUAAGCCCAGUUGUCCUCUUUGGUCAGCUCCACAUACAAUAUCUAUGUAAGAGAAUGGAGAGUGUGCAAUACUGUUACAGAUUUGAGAAUUCAUCUGUAUUGUACUUGAUUAAAUGGUAGUGCAUUUAUAUUCAUGAUUUGCUCAUCUGAUGCCUGAAGAAAAAUUACAGUAUGUAUUUGAUCUGUUUAAUCUUCUAGAUUAAACAUAUUCUUUUCUCAUA